AUGUCCCAGUUUGGGGGCUGCGAUAACUGUUUGCGUUCCAAAUCUUUGAAUCUGCUGAGUACUUGCGUGGCACGUUUCCUGGUGUUGGGGCUCGGUACGCCCAUUUUGGGAAGGUGCAAAGAGCAGCAAGAUGGCGUAGCAAGUUUUCAGGGAUGUGGGCUUCGUGUGGUUUCAGCCAUUCUUCCAGGAGCACUCCGUGGUCGAUUGCAUUUCGACGGAACUCGUCGAGGAAAUGCGGUCAUCAAGCCCGGAUCUCGACACGCCGGCUGUGAAAUGAAUCUUGUGGUCAAGAAAGGGCGGCUUCUUCUCAUGGUGGGCAGUCUAGCGAUUACUCCGGCCCAGCAUGCAUCAGCGCCCGGACUUGCCUGA